AUGAACGACCUGAUAUACGAAACGGUGGAUGCCAACUUAUACGUUUAUACUAUUCAAUUGCUAACGUCAAAUAAUAAUGUCCACAACAUUAAUGCAUAUUUUCGAUUGUUAUCAGCAAAAGUGUUGUCGUCAAACUUUGAUUGCUUAAAGAUAACAACAAGAGCAAACAUAUUGAAAACACUAUUGAUCUACUCAUACCCGUUAAAUAUACCACUACAGGAUAUAAUAAAACUAGCAAAAUUGAUAAUUUACUCUACACAGAGUGAAAUUGAAUCCACCGAUGAAGAUGGUUUUGACCUUGAAGAGUUUUCCCUAAGCUUGAAGUCAGACAUAGCAAAUACUGUUUCAUUAAAGGCAACAGCAAACGAGUUAUUAGUCGACACUAAUAUAAAAUGUCAAUCACUAGGUAUAUUGGAUUUCAGUGCCGCUGCUGAUAAUGAUGAUGAUGAUGAUGAUGAGUUAUUCUUGUCGUUUAUUUGUGCCAAAUCAUUUUAUUUAUCCCAGUUUUACCAAGAUAUAAAUGACAUUUUACCACUAUUUGAGAAUGUUUCAUUUCCAAAAUUCAAUACUUGGUUUAAAGGAAUAAUACUUCCAUAUAAGUACUAUUACAGUCAUUUUGGUUUGGCCUAUAGUACCAAUACACUUAACAGCUACCUUUCUCCUGAAAGUUCUUAUUCACUGAGAUUGCAUCUUUUGCUUGGUCCGUUAAAGACAGAAAAAAUUCUUAACAAUGAAGGCUGGUUUAAAAAUGUGAUAUUUCCAAUCGUUGAUUAUUAUGGUAAAGAUCUCCACCCAUUAAAUGAGUGGUUAUUUGAUAAUGAAAACGGUUACUGUUCCAAACCUGUUGAGAGUGUUGUUAGAAAAUACCAGUUUUGGCAUGUAUGUUUGAAAUGUAUUCACCACCACUACGACCUUAAGGAUUACCAGAUAAUUUUAAACUCAUUCUUGAGUGCAUGUUAUUUUUAUGGAUUCAAAGAAGACACUGAUUCUGUGUCGACGAUUGAACUUGUGGAAAUAUAUGAUUUGAUAAUUGACACCAUAACACUCUUUGAUAUACAUACUGAGGAGUUGCGAUUGCCUGAUAUUGAUUAUAAAGACAUUCCCUUUGACUGCCAUAACUUGAAGGAGUUCCAAUCAGCCACAAAUCCCAUUUCUCCAUUGUUCCAGAUCGGAGCUAUUGCAUAUUUAAGACAAGUUAUAGAAACUUGCCAGAAAUUAUUACCUAUUAAUAGGCUUACUAUAAAGAAAUAUUUCCAACUCAAGUACCAAAAUAAAGAGAUGGAUACAAAAAGAGAAAUUUUGAAAAUCACCAACAACAUAAACGCCUCCAACUGGAAGCAGUUAUUAAAUUCAAUAGCCCUCUUCCAGAAGAAUUUUAUUUUUAAUGAAAGAAUUUCUGCCACUGUUAUCGAAAGGUUUUUACUUGCAAACUUGUUUGACGUAGUCGAUGAGGUAUAUUUUGAAAAAAAGUUAGGUGAUAUUACUGUUAAUGAACUAUAUGAUGUUGUAUUAGAUAAAUUUUGGGAUUGUAUGAACCAUGCGAACAGCUUGAAUGAUAAAUCUGGACUGCUUCAUAAUGCAGAGCUAUGUUUGAAGUUGUUUGAUAAAUUGGUCCUCGAAAAAGAUUUGGCAGAAGAUAACCAUCGUGAUAUUGUCAAGUUCAAGCAUUUGUUCAAAGCCAUAAAUGCUCUAAAAAGGUUUAAACUUCUAAAUCGAAACCAGCCUUACACUCCGCAGCAAUUAAUUAUUAACUUUGCAAAUGGCAACAUAUUGAAGCUAAUCAAUAUUGUAUUGGAGCAAAACCCAAAGUCAUAUUUGGCCUUUGAUAAGUUAUACCGAAUCUUAAAUGAUAUGAUAUUGUUUUAUAACGAUGAUAACCACAAGGAUGGCAAACAACAUGCAGAUAAUUAUUAUUUUAAUAAACUCAAAACCGCUUGUAUCGAAAGUGCUUUAAUUGAUAAUAAUUUCAACUACGCCUACAAGCAGAGUUUGGAAUUGUUUGAUUACUUGGAUGGCAAAGAAGAUAGCUCUCAAAUAGAUGACUUGUGGUUGACGUUUUAUCAAGUUGGAAAAUACGUCUCUCCUCUGUGGUUUGAGAACUCUGGAGAACAAGUGGACUUGGGCAUAUUGACUAAACAGAGAGAGAUUCUAUCCUUGACUAUUCUCAAUUUGCAAUUAAAGGAAAAUAGCAAAGUUGUCUUGGCUCAAUGGAUGUCGUUAAACGAUAAAAUUCAGAGACAUAGUUUAGAAAAUAACAUUGAAGCUGUGAAAGAAAGGUUUGAUAAUGAAAACUCGCAAUUCAAACACUCAAAGAAACAUUUGGAAAAUAUUGGUAACUUGGCCACAGAAAUAAUCAGUGAUGCAAGUAAGACUACUAACAAUGCAAGUGAAAAAUUAUCAAACUUAUUUGUUUCUGGUCUUGGUUGGGCUAUUGGUGCUAAUCAACAGCUGUGA